AUGGCAGAUUGUGAAUCUACUAGAGAAGGAAGCAAAUCCAACGAAAUGUCAUUAAUUAAGCAAAAUAGUCAUAGUGGUCUAAUAUUUGAACCGUCAAGCACAGAUGAAGUUCAUUCUUCGAAUAUUUCAGUAUCAGAUGGAACAGCAUUGCAAUCAAUACCUUCAUCUUGUAAUAUUUUAGCAAAUAAUAGAAACAUCAGUUCAGCUUCGGCUCCUGUAGAAAGUUAUAAUAUGUCACCGAUUACAUUUAAUUUAAAUAGAAUAAUGAGCGAUCCAGAUCCUCAAAAUUUAGCUUCCUUAACCCCAAUUAAAAUAGAUUAUUUAAACACUAAUAGUCCAUUAUCCUAUCAAUCAAGUAAGUCUAUAAUAGCCAUUCCUAAAAAAAUGGAAGGAAAGAAAAGCAAAGUGGAUGAUUCUAUUGAUUCGAUUAGCAAGCAAGUAUACCGUGAAAAUUUAAACAGCAUAUCUAAUCAAAUGAUUAAACUAAUGAAUGAUUUGAAUCACAUUUAUAAUAAGAUAGGUUAUACAAACAAUGAAAUCCAUCAAAAUGAAUCAGUUAUUUUCAACCAUUUUUCCAAAUCUAUAGAGAAUUAUUAUAGUUCAGCAAAUGAAAAAAUGAAUGCUCUUUCACUUAAAAAUGAUUUAAAACAGCAAUAUCUUAAUAGAAUAUUGGAGAUCAUAAAUGACCCAUCAGGUAUUAAAACUAUUCCUGAUUUAUACAUUAGAAAUGGCAUGGUGAAUGAAGAAUAUAAAAACGCACCAUCUCCACGAAAGGAAUUAACCUUAUUAAAUAAGGAAAAAAUUUUGAAUAAAUCCAGAGUUUACAUACUAGAUAAAUAUAUCCCAUUGCUUUUGGAAUAUUUAGAUAAUGUUAUUAAAUUUAGAAAAAUUCUUAAAUCAACUGGUGAUGAAGAAAUUAAAACUUCUACCAAAAUUUCAGGUUUUAAUAAUGACAAUAGUACUUCAAAUCUAGCCAUGAUACCAACAAUGGAAAAUGCUAUUCACCUUUAUAAAAAUUUAAAAACCUUGUAUGGCAUUGAUUCAACCAAAAUAUUGGGGAAUGAGAUUUCGAUGGAAAAUAUUGAAGCAGAAAAAUAUGAUAAUUUAAUGAAUUUUAUUACAGAAAAUAAAAAUAUGAUACUUUAUAAUAAUACUUUGAAUAACAUUUCCGAAAAACGAACUAAAGAAACUAUUGAGCUCAUCGACUGCUAUAAAUUAGAAUAUAUUAAGAGAUUAAAAGAAUUGAUUUUUGUAAGCCAAUCUACCUUUAAUUUAUUAAAACAACUGCAUAUUCAUCCAAAAAUAGAGUUAAAUCAGGAUAUUAAUAGACAAAUUAAUUUAUUUUCAUCAAUUGAAUUGAAUUCUAUUGAAUCUGAAGUACAAAAUAAUACUUAUCACAUUGUAGAUGCUAAAACAAUGGUAGACAUUGAAAAAGUUCAUCAACACUAUCAGGCGAUAUGCAGCAAUAGAUCUAGUGAAAAAAAUCAACUGUUAAGAAAAUGUCAGCAAUUAUGGUCAGUCUUAAAAAUUCCAAAUCAUGAAAUUAAUCAAUUUAUUUCAGCAAAUCGUGAUUUAUCAAUUCAAAAUAUAAAAAAUUAUAAGACUGAAAUUCAAAGACUUCAUGAUUUAAAAAAAAAAUGGAUAAAAACUUUAAUUAAUGACUCCAAAAAGAGAAUUCAAGAGUUAUGGGAUCAUCUACAAUAUUCUAAUGAAAGAAGUAUGUUUUUAAAUGAAAUUGCAAUUCUUGAGAAUAAUUCGAAUAGCUUAUCGGAUGAUGAGUUAAUAUUAUCUAGAUGUGAAGAAGAAAUUAAAGAUUUAGAAAGUAAAGCAAAAAUUUGUGAUCCAAUAUUAAAGCUAUUGGAAGAAUUUAAAUUGAUGCAAAAAGAUCAGGCACAAUUAGAAGAUGGGGAAAAAAAUUCAACAAGGUUAUUCAACAGAGAUUCACAUAAAGUUUUAAUGAUUGAAGAGAAACUAAGGAAAAAAAUCACUAGAUAUUUUCCUAAAGUAAUUCAGGAAUUAAAAUUAAAACUGGAAGAAUUUAAGAUUGAGUUUCAUAAAGAGUUUAUGUAUAUGGGUGAAAGUUUAUUUGAUCUUGUGGUUAAACAAGAAACUGAACUAUAUGCAAAGUAUCCACGAAUCAAAUAUAAUAUUUCUACAAGAACUCUAAUCAACUCUCCCACAAAAAGUAUGAGAAACAAGACUACGAAUAACGUUACGAAGAAAAGUAUAUCUCCAAAGAAAAUUAACAAGAAAGUAAGGAAAAACUUGGAAGAAACACUUAUUAAAGAAGUUGAAAAUAUUUCUAAUAAUACUACCCAUUUUUUAAGUAAAACACCCAUUGGAAAAUGUACAACAAUGAAUAAUGAAACUAAUAAUAUGACAACUAAGAGUGAUAGUUUUAAUAAAGAUUUCUCUUCAACUAUCAGUACUCAUCAAUCAAUAACUUCGUCUAUAAAUAAUGACCACAAUGAAUCACCAACAGAAUCAACAAGAUUAUUACCUCCUACUGUUAUUACAAGAAACAGUCCUUCAAGAAUUCCCGUUCCAAAAUUUAAAAAAAAUUCUCCUGAUGGUUGUAUUCCACCACCAAAAUUUAAUGUAAACUCAGUAUAUUCAUCUAGUGGAUUUAUUCGUCCAACAACUUUGUUCCCAGUUACACAACAAAGGUUAAAUAGGACCCAAAGUAAUAUCCCAACAAUUCAUGUAGAACCAAAGGAUAUAUUAAAACUUUUAUCAGAUGGUAAUAAAGAAAAUGAAGCUCCAAGUUCAUCCCCACAAGGGAAAAAUAGUAUCAAGCAAUAUUCUAAAGAAUUUCAAUCUGAAAACUAUGAAGUCCCUCAGAAUUCAAUUUGCAAUACUAGAAGUAGUCCAUUUAGAGAACCAGAAAAUAGUGUCUAUAAGAUAACAACAUCGCCAGAAGGUAAGCAUGUUAUCAACAUUAAGGGAGAAAUAAACAAUAGUAUUUAUGAUGAUACAAGCAUAAUGGACAAUGAAAAUGAUAUCGACUAUGAAUAUUUAAAUUGGCAAAAUGAACGAUUCUCGAAAUUAGAGAACUAA